AUGGCUUCCAAUACCCCCGACCCGUCCACGCUCACCUCCUCGGCCGACAUCUUCUCCGGAAGCCAUACGCUUCCCCAGAUUCGAUCCAUUCACAAAUCCUUACAUGUACAGAUUGAAGAAAAGGCGACUCGUCUACGGACGCAGGUCGGUGGCUCGUACCGCGAGCUUCUCGGGACUGCCGACACGAUCGUCCACAUGCGCGGCGACAAUGCUCGAGUUCAAGACCUCUUGGGCAAGAUGGGCGGACGAUGUGGACGGACAGUCAUCUCCUCCAAAGCUGCUGGGCUGGGGAAAUUCGUCACACGGGACAAAGAGUCGGAUGCGAGCGAGAUGGCGAGGCUGAAGCUCUUGGAAUCAUGUGGCCUCAUGGUCGGUAGGAUAUUGAGAGGCGGAGGCGGAUUGGACGAACAGAUGAAGAAAGGCGACAGAUUGGUGCUGGCGACCAAAGUGUUUGUCAUUAGUCGACUGUUGGUUAAGAAUCUCAAGGAGGAUGCGUCGUCAACGGACAUCCAGCAUGCUGUUGACGCAGCGAGCAAGGCAUUGGAAUCACUUCGACGCCGUAUUCAGCGAAAUAUCGAACGAUUACUUGAGACUGUAGACGACGCUACAGAUACAGAAGACGUGAUUAAGGCCCUCUGCGCUCAUAGCCUGGCAAAUAGUUCGGGGGCCAAGCAUGCGAUCUGGCACUUCAUCCGGGUGAGGCAACGGGCCAUGGAGAUUACGCUGGACUUGGAGCAGGCCGAGCAAACUACCACCACGGAGGACGUGAUUCGCAGUUUAAGGCUCUAUACGAAGACUCUACUCGAUGUUCAGGCCUUGGUCCCGGUUAAGCUAUCACAGGCACUAUCUGGUUUAAAGAGCCGAAAACUCUUGGCAGAUGCAUCCCUGAAACAACUGGAAGGGUUGCGGUUGGAUAUCUACGAGCGCUGGUGUGGUGAAGAUAUUCAAGACUUUACACCGUUUAUUAAUCACGAUGAUCUUGACGGCAAGCAAGCGAGAGAAAUGCUGGGAACUUUUGCCGAAAAGGGUGCGCAGGUCGUCAUAGCUGGGUUGAAAAAGACACUCGACCACAUGUCGGACUUCAAAUCAAUCACCGACCUACGAACCCAAGUAUUACAGCUAUGGAUAAGAGACGGCGGGCGAGCCAAAGGAUUCGAUCCCCAAGACAUGCAAGACGAGUUGAGGGAGGCAAUCAACACGAGGUUACUGGCGGUUGUGGAAAUCAAAGCCACAAAAUUGCGACUGGUAGGCUCUGAAGUCAAAGCAACCCUUGAAGGAUGGCAAGAAGGCGUUUCGGACAAACAUACCAGCUUAUGGGACGAGCAGGGCUACGACACGGCCUUGUCGAAUGGUGCUGCCCCCUUCAUUCAGGAGGUUGUGUCCCGCUUGUACGGGCGCAAUGACGCAGUGUCCAAGGCAACGCAUAGCUACGGGUCGUGGUUUCAUAUCAUCGACGAUGUCAAGACUGUAGUGGAGGAGCUACGGAAGCAGCGCUGGGACAAUGACUACGACGAGAUUGAAGACGAAGAAACCAUUGAGGCGAGACAAAAGAUGCUCAGUAAGGAGGAUCCCAAGAAGCUGCAGGACAAGCUGGACACCACACUGGACAAGUCAUUUGCGGACCUCGAAAAUCAGCUACAGGAGUUGUGGAAACAGCACUCUGGACAUAUAUCUAGCGGCGCCAUUGCUAUUUAUCUCAUCCGUGUGGUGCGAGAUAUCCGCACACAACUGCCAGACCGGCCGGCCAUCAAAGAUUUUGGGUUAUCCAUGGUUCCCAGCCUUCACGGCCAAGUGGCUGCCACGGUAUGCACCCCCUCUGCAAAUGAGUUCAUAUCCAGUGGCCUGUCAGAUAAGCUCGUGGCCAUGAAGCCGCUGUGGGAGGGAGAGCCAGCAUUACCAAGUCAACCUUCGCCUGCUGUGUUCCAGUUCUUGCGGGACUUGUCCUUGUCAAUGACAGAAUUGGGAGUUGAUUUGUGGACGCCUGCGGCCCUUGGGAAGAUGAAGAGCCUAUUGGCAACAAAGUUGUGCGAACCGUGGCACAAGGAACUGGACGCACUGUCCGAGACUGAAUCAAGUGAAGGAGCUUCUGGCGAGGAAGAGAAUGAGGAGAGCAAGGAGACUCCUGUAGAUGCCAAGGACCUAUGUACGCAAUGGCUGUUUGAUGUUGCCGUUCUGCGGUGCUGUAUUGGCAAAGGCGAAGGAGCCCAAGACUUUGAUAAGCUGGAUGAGGAAGUAUACAAGAGGAGCGAGUUGGAUGAAGCGGCAAGGAAAAGGGUGAAUAAGACGGCGCAGGACUUUUGGGGCCGUGUCAACAUGUUGUUUGGGUUGUUGGCGUAG